GUUUCUGUCAGUCAGUUAAUUGCAACCAGCAGUCAAACCAGACCGAAACAAUUCCAGAGAUCUCCUCUAUACGGUACUCUAUAGCUGCAGUCAACAGGAAGCGAAACCAGAACAAGUAACAUGGCGGUCUCCUCUCAAAUCAUGAUCCCAGUUCUAGUGGUAAUGCUUACCGCUGUAACCCUCUCUACCGCCUUCCCUAGUGGAUACAACUUCAGCAUACAAAUAAAUAGCAGCGCAGGAAAUUCAAGCUCUCAAACCUUGCAAAGUGGGAUCUUUUUGUCCGGAAACUUCUCUUCAGGAAAUGCCACAAGUGAGAACUGGUCUAGAUCUAGAUCCUUUGUCGGAAACGUUACAAAUGGAAAUUUUUCUUUUGGAAACUUCUCUGGAAAUAAUAUUAGAAGCGGGAAUCGGUCUAGAGCCUUUGCUGGAAAUAUUACAGUUGGAAACUUUUCUUCUGAAAACUUCUCUUUUGGAAAUGCCACAAGCGGAAACAGGUCUAGAGCUUUUGAAGGAAACAUGACUAGUGGAAAUUUCUCGUCUAAGAACUUGACUACUGGAAAUGCCACUAUUGGAAACUGGUCCAGAGCUUAUACAGGAAACACUACAAGUGGAAACUUCUCUUCAGGAAACGCCACUAACGGGAACUGGUCUAGAGCCUUUGCUGGAAACGCCACUGGUGGAAAUUUCUCUUCUGGAAACUUUUCAUCUGGAAACGUCUCUUCUGGAAAUGUCACAAAGGGAAACUGGUCUACAUCUUUUGAGGGAUACGCGGCUAGUGGAAAUUUCUCGCUCAGAAACUUGACUGCUGGUAAUGCCACAAACGGAAAUUGGUCCAGAGUGUUUGCUGGAAACACCACUGGUGGAAACUUCUCUUCUGGAAACUUCUCCUCUGGAAAUGCCACAAGCGGAAACGGGUCCAGAGCUUUUGACGGAAAUAAUACAAGUGGAAACUUUUCCUUUGGAAAUGCCACAAACGAGCACUGGUCUAGGACCUUUGUGGGAAACGUCUCCUCUGGAAAUGUCUCUUCUGGAAACUUCUCCGGAAACGUCUUUUCUGGAAACUUCUCCGGAAAUGUUUCUUCUGGAAACCUUUCUGGAAACGUCUCUUCUGGAAACAUCUCUUCUAGAAACGUCUCGUCUGGAAAUGUAUCUUCUGGAAACAUUUCUUCCGGAAACAUCUCUUCUGGAAACGUCUCUUCUGGAAACGCCUCUGGAAACGUCUCGUCUGGAAACGUCUCGUCUGGAAACGUCUCGUCUGGAAAUGUAUCUUCUGGAAAUAUCUCUUCCGGAAACUUCUCUUCUGGAAACGUCUCUUCUGGAAACGUCUCUGGAAACUUCUCUUCUGGAAACGUCUUUUCUGUAAAAGUCUCUGGAAACGUCUCUUCUGGAAACGUCUCUUUUGGAAACUUCUCCGGAAACGUCUCUUCUGGAAACAUCUCUUCUAGAAACGUCUCGUCUGGAAAUGUAUCUUCUGGAAACAUCUCUUCCGGAAACUUCUCUUCCGGAAACGUCUCUUCUGGAAGCUUCUCUUCUGGUAACUUCUCUGGAAACGUCUCCUCCGGAAAUUUUUCUUCUGGAAAUGCGACAAGUGGAAACUUCUAUUCUGGAAACUUGUCUUCAGGGAACUUCUCUUCUGUUGUCAACUCGACCGUAAUGCAAGUUCCAACAGGAAAUGUCACCAGUGGUAAUUAUUCAGCUCUUCCAUCUGGGAACUACACGAACUGCAACCAGUCUCUGAACGGUGGAUUCAUAAUACUGGGGUGAAUGCUUCACUCGAAAACCGACGAACAACAAUUAAAAUUUAUUUUUGAAUUUUA